AAUAAGUAACGUGUGUUGUGGUUAGUAGACCGUUAAAUACCUGGAGCUAACCUGCCAAGCAAACAAUUUGAGCCGGAAAGUCACUAGCAGCUGUCCUUCUUCAAAAUCAAAUUUUCACUGUUAAUAAAUCUGUAAAACCAUGAAAUUUAUUACAAUAAUUUUGUUGAUUCAUUUUAUGGUCUACACUAAAGCUAUUUCAGACGAAGUAUUUUUUGAACAAGAUAAGCCCUACGACGUCGUUAAUAUACGAGUUCCAGAAGCUCUGUGGCGAAGAGCAUAUCAACCAACGCCCGUGUUAAAAUCCCCAGUUACUAUAGUUGUUCCAAUUCACGUAGCACAGGACGAUGAAAACGUAGUUGAGGAUACUGAUUAUGAAGAAGCGGCAGAAGUGGGUUCAGUGGGAGAGUCAACUACAGUUAGUAACCAGGAAAUCUUACAUGACCCUGUUGGCACAGAUGCAACCGUUGCAGCAGACGUCACUCAACGACCUAUCGCAGACGAAAUCACUACUCCUAUACCAGGGCAAGUCAACGGGACUUUAUUUAGAUUCCCUUGUUCAUGUGUUGAUGGACAAUGUGGUUGUUGCACUGGUUCAAUACUAGAACGUAUAAGAACAAAAGCCUGUGGAAAUAUUACAUUUAUUCCCGAAGACUUCGUUUUCGACGUCAGACUCAGCGUCAAUAACAACACAGUGGUACGCCGAAGAGUUUCUGCAAGUGACCCUCCGCCAAUUUGUUUCAACCCUAGGAGAGCCCCGUUCGUUGAAGUUUGUGCCGAAAUAUCUAACAUACGCAUAAGGAACAGAAACGCAUUCGCUUGUUUGGAUAUCAAUGCGGAUAUCGCUGGUUUCCCUAUUUACUCGGCUUCAUUCAGGUGUUUCGGUCUGGGAACAUCAGGCGUGCAGACUGGCUUGAAACCUAAGCCUAUUUCCUCUGGACCAGCCCCGGUUAGCUUAUACGGAAACAAUAACGAUGAUGACGAUGAUGAUGGGGGUUUCAUAGAAAAUGCAGCGGAUGCCCUUGGUGUGGGCGACGGGAUAUUUGGUGGUGGAUCUGAUAGCGACGGUGGUGGUCCUUUGGACGAAAUAGGCGACGCUGUUGACUCUCGAGAUAACAUAAACCAAACACCAAUCGGUUAUUUCUCAGUAGAAGUGCCUGACGAAGAACUUGCUUUAUUAGAUAAAGUGAAAUUGAAAAAAGUCUCUGCUAUCGAACAAUAUGCCAGGAAAAACAGGGAUUCUAACGACAAUUCCACCUCUAUUCCAACAACCUCCGCGGGACCUUGUACUUGCUCUUUGGGAGUAUGCAAAUGCUGCACUGGGUUAAUAUUGGAUCUGUUCAAUCAGAAAGCUUGCAUGAGGAUUACAUAUCAUCCAGGCGAUUUCGCUUUUGAUGUAGCCAUGUCGAUGAAUAACAGAAUAUUGUACGAAAAUUCCAUGUCAGGCAAAAAUCCUAAGCCCAUAUGUAUUAGCCCACCGCGGAUGCCGAACUUGAAAGUAUGUGCGAAAUUCUACAAUGUGUUCUUCCCAGGAAGGAACUUUCACUUUUGCUUAGCAAUGACUGGACAAUGGCGAUCGGUUCAGCUCUUUGAUAUGGCCUUCGACUGUUUGAGAAUGGGUGCUAAUGGUAUUGUUAUGGUGAAACCUGAUGAAGGUGGCGGCCUUCCAGUGGCUAAUCCUCAAGGAGGCGUGGAUGCUGUCAUAGAUGCUGGUGAAGAUGAAAUCGAAGACUACGACGAGAACUUAACAAUAAGAGACUUGAUGCCUCGGCCAUGGUACAAGCCUGGUUGGCUACUCCGACUGCCGUUCUCAGGCGGCAGGUGCAAAUGUGACGGAUUACAAUGCAGAUGUUGUACAGGAAUAAGAAUAAACACAUUCAAUUUUGACAGAAAAACUUGCGCUCAUUUGACUUAUGAACCAACGAAUUCAACCAUUGAAUUAGAAGUAAGAAUGAAUAAUGAUAGUGUUUACAGAAACCUUUUUUCAGCUCGCAACCCUCCGCCCUUCUGCCUGCCUAUCCCAGUGCCGUACCUGCCGCCAGGGUUGGUGGACAUGUGCAUACGGCUGUUCGAUAUCACAAUUGUACAGCAAAAGUUGCACGCCGGCAAAUUAAAAGUAGAAGACUUAGACCCCAGUGAAUUGAUUGGCAUCAUUGACGCAACAAUGGCUUGUAUUGUGUCGUGGCUGGAAGGACACUCUUUGGCUCAGACAGUGUUCACUAAUCUUUACCUGCACCAGCCCCACUCAAUCGUAAACAAGACAUUGAAAGCUUAUUGUAUAGCUGUAUAUAAACUUCUGGAUUGUAUCAGGGAUUGCAUAAACAAGGCCCAGGUUUUUGAAGAAGAAGAUUUCCAACCAAUGGGUUAUGGUUAUCGUCUUGGUUCGAACCCGCAAUCAGGCAAUACAUAUGAUGCUUCUCUUGAAGUCAGUGAGCAAAAGUGCGUCGCAAUACUGAGAGAACAAGAGGAGGAGUUAAAUAAAAAGGCCAGGAGCACUGAGGAUGAUUCCAGCAGUAACCUUUGGUCUGCUUUGGCAGCCAGAAUCAGGUUCACCAGAAUGUUCUAUCAAGCUCUCCUUCUGAUCACAAGGAGGGAUUCCACCUCAGGGGCAGAUUGUGUUGCACUUCUGAACGGAUGCUCUGAGAUGAUGAAAGUCAUAAUCAAGACAGCGGGGAAAGGAACACAACCUGUGGAGAAUUCCGAUUCCCCGAACCCAAUGGGCUUCGAGCCGAUGAUCAACCAGCGCCUGCUCCCGCCGACCUUCCCGCGGUACACGCGCAUCAAGCCGCGGGCCGAGGCACUACAGUAUUUCGACGAGCUUGUCACCAGGCUCAGGCACGCGUGGAAGAUCACGUCAUGCACCAACUUCCACACUGCCUUGAAAAAAAGCACUUUUGUGAGGCCUAGUUUCAAAGACUUCUUCAUGGAGUUCAGUAGGCAGCGUGCGUGCAUCCUCUCGCGUUCCGCGCUGCAGUUGCUAUACCUCAGCCCGUCGCCGGCGACUACGGCGUCGAUGGCCCAGAGCGCAAUGAAUGGGCCGGUGGGACAGCCGCGCCCGCAUCACGCCUUUGUCGAGAUCCUGCGCGAUUCUGUCAAGGGAUUCGUCAACCCGGCCGCGCUUACGCCCAAGUCACCGAUGGUCUCCACGCCGCAGGCAGAGAGCGUAGACGCGGUGCUUAGUGGUGCCGCGGGAACCGGGCCGCGGGCUUGCUUCGGCACCUGGAUCCUGUACCACGUGUUACGGGUCAUGAUCGCCUACCUUCUGUCCGGACUGGAGCUGGAGCUAUACAGCGUCCACGAAUAUCACUACAUAUUCUGGUCUGAUUUCUUGCUUCGGCACCUGGAUCCUGUACUAAGUACUGCGGGUCAUGAUCGCGUACCUUCUGUCCGAACUGAAGCUGGAGCUAUACAGCGUCCACGAGUAUCACUACAUAUGCUAGCAUUAGUGGCGUUCAAGUUGCAAGGCAAGAUUCGUCAGCCCCAGUCGGAGUUCGACAACGAAGCGGUCCGCUACAAACAUCGAUUCGCACCGCUUUCGGUACUAACGCCGCCUCAGGUGCACUACCACGAGUUCUGCGAGAUGACGCAACCAUUGCAGUAUCAGACCUCCUGAAGGUAGCGAAAACCAAUUUUGUAGUAUUGAAACUGUUAGCUGGCGGUCACAAAAGAGACUCGAAUGUGCCACCCGAAUUCGAUUUCUCGGUGCAUAGACAUUUCCCUAUAAUAAAACUUUUAUAAUAAAUCUAGUAAGAGAAUAUUGUUGAUGUUGCCAAUUGGUUGUCUACAUUACCGAUGCCUCACUUACAAUGUCCACUCUCGUGUCUUUUGAACUAGUCAUUAUUAUUUGCACAUAACCUCAAUGCCAUUUAAAUGUCUUAAAUCUAGUAAGAGAAUGAACCAAACAAGCCCAUUUGAUACACCUGAAUAAUAUCUCUAACAAUUCACUUUAUACGCCUCGCCCGCCUUCAUUUUUGAACGAAAUGAAAUAUCAUAAUGUGUCAGUAUAAUUAUGUUAAGCUUGAAUCGUCGAUAUAUGCAAUUUAUAACAAGGGGUUCUGAUGUUUUGACGAAACAUUACAAUUUUGACAAGGGUGGAAAAAUAUACAUAAUAUGACGAUAUAACGCAAAAAGCAUCACUCGGGAACGAUGACGACAUUGAUACUCGAACCGAAUCCAACUAGAAUAUACUGUCCAAUUUCGAAACUCGAAAACUCUCCAGUUUUCUAUUCUCUAUCUUUCUGUGAGAUGAACUUUUUAAUAAUGAAUCAACUUUCAUUUUGAGUACCUAUUCUAAUUCUAGUUUUGACUCUGUACUUCACCUACUUACAGUCUACAUCAGGUAGCAUGCAGUUCUUUACUUAGACCUAUUCUUAUGAAAAACUACAACUUCUAAUGUUUUUACGAACGAAAGGAUCCUGCAAACAGACACAAGGCGGUUAUGUUUAUUUUCUGCUAUAAUAACUACUUCCGCUAAACACACUAUGUGUGUGGAUCAGGUCCGACUGUUUAAGUACAAUACGCAAAGUUCAUCUCACUUUUCUCUGCGUUGCAGGUUUUUGCGUUUCGUAAAAAGUAUGGUUGGUUCCUCUACCCAAAAGAAGGUGGACGGAAUUUAUCUUCGUCUAAAGUGGCUUUACUAUUAAAUGUGAUUUGAUAAUAUGUAAAAAAAAAACACGACACUAGACCGGACACUAUAGGUAGACCGCUUAACUGACUCCUUGCCUGCGGGAUAAAGGGUGCAUAGAGGUAUAAGAAUAGAGUGGGGAAGGCGGCUCUAAAAGUGUCCGUCUAGUAGAAAGAGAAAAAAGAUGAGAGACCGCUAGCUAUCUCUCUCUCUUGUGAAGCAUGCGCAGUCGUCUGUCCAAUAGUGGGUCCAAGCAUCACAUCGAAAUAGUAAGAUGCUUACGGUUGCCCAUGCGCAUGCGCGAUUAGAGAGAGAAAGCUAACGGUCUCUCAUCUUCUUUCUCUUUCUAUUAGAGGGACACUUCCACUUGUAGUAGAGUGUCUAUCUCCCCUACUCUAUUCUUAUACCUCUAUGAAAGGGUGACCUGGGGGAGGACGAAAAUGGGGACCGUGAGAGGUGCGCGCAGCAGGCACAUUCUUGUCAAAAUUACAAGCGCUCGCCGCCCGCACCUCUCACGGUCCCCGUUUUCGUCCUUCACCACACCCUGUACCAGGAAAGGUCUCAGUUAAGCGGUUUACCUCUAGUCACAACACUAUGACUAAUAAUAAUCUAUUUGUUUUAUUCGCUAUUUUCCUUCAUCAACAUCAAUUUUCAAUAAUCAUAAUAUAAAGUCGUGACUGAUUUGAUGAUUACUUUUGAGGUGUGAUUACGAGUAACUCACUCGUACUAUUAAUGUAUAAUAAUUGACGAGAUUGUAGUCUCAUUGCUACAUAUAUAGAAUUGUAAUAUAAUAUACUCCCAGACACAUGUAUCGGCCCACCUCGCAUUUUAAGUUUUGAUUUGACGUUCCUUUGCAAAAAUUAAAGUUGUAUCGAGCAAAAAGUUUUUACGCAGUUUUGUAGCUGCUUUAUUAUGCAUGUAUUUCGUGUUUUUUUUACAUAUUGUUAUUGCUCAGCCUAACAUAUAUUUUUGCUAAAGACCUUAAGACUUUUUGAAACUUAAGUGGGCCGAUAGAUGUGUCUGAGGGUGUAUUAGAUAACUAUUGGAGUUUUUAUUAUGAAAUAAAUGAAAUUUAAACAGAUUGCGGUUUUACAUAGAAAGUGACCUCUUUUAAGCGUAUACCGCUUGCGCUCGAUUAGAAAAACUUUAUGAAUCUUUAACUAUCGAAAUCAGACAGUUUUCACUAAAGAUUAUGAUAACAUUAAAAGUAAAAAAUAAUAAUUAGAGCAAUUAAAUAUUAGACUUCUAGGUUUCUGUUUGAUUUUUUUUAUAUCGUAUUUAUUUAAUUGAAUCUGAACCUGUACCCGUAGCAUGAGCACCACAAUUUAUAUCACGUUUUUUUUAUCGCGCCUGACUGUGAAACACUAAACCGUGUGUGAUUAAAACGAGCUAUAUAAUAAUUAACCUUCCGAUAUAAAACUACCAGAAGAGUUUUAUAUCGGAUAGAAAAUUAAAAACUUUAGUUAGUGUCAUGCAAUUGAUCGAACAGUGCUCUUCGCAAUUUUUUUCACUGUAGGUAUAUGUUCACUGUCUAUAGCAUAAUAAUUUUGACAUAAAUAUAAUAAUAGUUUUUUAAUCAGAUGGGAUUUCAAAAAAACACGGUUUUGUAGUAAAAUUUUUAGAAAAAUGAAAGUUUCAGCUAUGUGGUCAAAAUAUGCGAUAAAUCCCAGCACAGAGCGCGAGCGGUUAUCGCUUAAAUUUGGCGUUCAAUCUUAUUUAUUGAUUGUACAUACAUAUAUACCUACCUUGUAUCUACUUUAUGCAUAUACAUAUUUUAUAAUUUUAGUAUGUGCAAUAAAGGUAUUAUGGAAAUCAUAAGAUUUUUACUUUUUCUUUCAGGAGGAAUAGGAUUUAAUGGAUUUUAAAUAAAACAUUGAAUAAAUAAUUAAGUUAAUAUAAAUAUCAAGAAUUCAACUUUAUUAUACAUAUAUUUAUUAAACUUUAAACAUUCUUAAAAUUAAUACACUUCAGUCGAAGUUGGAAAUAUAGCUACGCUGAUAGAUCUAUAAUGGCCUACGCAGACGAAGGACUUUUUACGCGAAGGACAGAAGUCCCUGAAUCGUGAAGAAAAUGUCCGCCGAGGACUUGUAACGAACUCAAAGCACACGAUGUGCGAACAUUUGUCACUCAAAAAUUUAGAAAAGCGCACGCUAUGGAGGUAAAUAUUGACAGAUUAAGAAAAAGAGAAUACGUUUUAAAGUUAGUAUUAGUGGGACUUUCUUUUUAAAUUACAUCGAGCAGGCAACGCGGGCUAAAUUUUGCCGUGUGCGUUGCUGAGCCUUGUCACAUGAUUUAAUUUUUUUAGCGGAUAUCCGCCUAAUUUUAUGCUGUCUGGUCCCUCAGUGUCCACGGUUGUUCGGGAGACUUUUUGUACGCGAGAUUAUUAAUACCUCGUGUACUUUAUUUUGAUGCAAGUGUAAGCGAUCUAUUUUGGCGGACAAAAAAUACCGCAGAUAAGAGUCCCUUGUCUGCGCAGGCUCCACUGUUAUACCAUUUGAGUAACAUUUUUGAAUCUGACAACUAUUCCAUAUUCUAUUAGUGACGUUGAAAUAUUAUUUGAUUAGACUGGUUAUUGAUAUCAUAAAAAUAUAAACUCAAACUCCUAGUAUCUACUUAACAAACACUCCAAGCUCAGCGUCAUUGAAAACUAUCAUGAUAUCAUUAGACUUUAGUCUUCAGUAAUAUGUACCGGGUCUCAGGCACAGAAGUAUUACCUAGGUUUACGCGGCUAGGGAUGGCCCGCGUCAUUUCGACGAUUCAAGGAGCUAGAUGAAAUGAGGGAAGAAGUCUCACAUAUCCCGGUUUUGCCACUCCCAGUGAGCUGGGCAUGCAUUAUUUUAAUUCCCUUGUAUGUUCUUUUGUGUGUGCAAAGUAUCAUCUAGACUUGAAGAUAAAAUUGAAUACUGAAAACUUAAAGAUACUAGAAGAAAGGGAAAUAUUUUCUUUUGUAUUUAUAUUUUUAGUUACACACGAUGUCUGACAGUUACUUUGGGAAAUUAUCGUGCAAAUAUCUAUUUCUGCCAUCUGGCCUUGGCCACUCUGAAAAAUGUAGAAAACAAAUAUUAUCUGUUACUUUCUUUCCCCAACUUUUUAAAAAUGACAUUCUCUUUUCUGAUUAUGUUAAUAUUACAUAUUUUUAUGUGUGCUGUCUAUCUACUAGAUUUUUGAACGCAAUAUGUAUAUUGUUCCAUAUUAUCUAUUCUUCUUCUCCUUCAGUGUCGGCAUCUGAAACGUCGGUGUAGCAGUCGUGUUCUAUAGCUUUCACUUUUAAGAAGUCAGUCUUUUGUGGUCCUUCACAGUAAUCAACGUUGGCCCCGAAGUCCUGGAUUGGCAUAGGAGUCACCGGGCGGUUGACUCCACUCGCUCCUAUCUCAUCUGGUCCGCCUUCAUCAUCACUAUCGAUUAUUAUCUCCUCUUCUUCACAUUCUUCCACCUGUAUAUCAAAAGACUGCUGCUUAUUUUUAAAGUCCAAUAGAGCUGAUGCAGAUGUUCUUCUAGAGCUGGGAGGGAAUUUGCUCGGGGAGGGGGUUCCGUCCGAUGGUCCACCCUCAUUAAUCUGGUAGCUGACUUCCAGGUUCAAGGGCAGGCUUGGAUUGCCUGAUGACCUCCGCCUCCUUAACUGGCACGCUGGUUCUUCUGACAUCUUAUAUUACUUUUCGUCAAACACUUUUAAAUAUCAAUAUAACUUAAGAAUUUUGUUGAAAAUUCACUACUGUAUUGACUUUUUGUUUGUAUGGAAAGAGGCGAGAGUUAGAGGGGACUGUGUAAGUAGACCGAGGCUGGAUCGUCUGCGGGCGAAGCCAUAGGACACUAAUCUGCAGUGUUUUGUUUCAGCGAUGCUCAACAAUUCAUCAUAAAAAACUCAUUAGGAAUAUUCAUUAUUUAAACUAAUUCAGAACCGAAAUAAAAAUAGGAUGGGUAUUAAAAUAAUAUUACGGACGCCUAAUAUAGAGAAAUAAGUAUUAAAGGGGCCUACACCUUCAAAUACCUACGUUAACGAAAAGGGCAAAAAGGUUGCAGAUAUUGUAUUAGACGCAUUACCAUUACAAUAGACAUUAAAUAAUUAAUAAAUGUAUACUUACUUAAAUGACAUCACAGUAUAGGCAAAUGUCAUUCAAAGAUUACUUAUAAGUAUUAUAGGUGAUGAUUUUUCUUAAAAUUUGCAAUCAAAACAUGACAUGGGAGUCAACGACUUUAGAUGCAACCCCAACCAACGGCUUAACGAGUCGAAGCACAGCCACACACUCCCCAUCGCGCUCCUCAAUAAGUUUAGCAAAUUAUGUUGGUGUUCGAGGAGCUCGAUGCGCUGGUGGUUAGCGCAUUCAGCCUGCGAUCGUGAAAGUUAGGCAACUUACGCAGAGCUCCUCAGUUCUGCGGAAGGCACUUUAAGCCGUUAGUCCCAGCUGUAUCUGCAGUCGUUAACAUCCACCAAUCCGCACUGGGCCCACGUCAUGGUCAUGGCCCAGUCUCCCUAUUCUAUCCAUAGGGAAAGCCUGUGUUCCUACAGUGGAGGCAUUAAUAGGCUGAUGAAGAUGUGUUAGUGUUGGUGCUCAUUGCGAUAUGAUCCAAAGUUUAAAAAUUUGAAAGAAGUCCAUGAACGGCAUUUACUUAUCGUGAUACAUAGGUGUACCUAUUUGGUACACCUAUGUGUACAGGCCUGAUGGCCAGGCCAGAAUGAUAACUAAAGCUGUGUCGUUGGUACUUGGGUAUUUACAUUAGAAAAUACAUUUUAUUGUUAAAGGUUCUGCACUCCUGCCACUUGUGGGGAUUCAGGACGUAA